CAAAUAUGGUCACCAUAGUAUCGCGUGAUUUUGUCAAUCGAGCUGCUGUAAAGUUUUCAAAUAUUCUAAAAUGCUGGUUCGUGUCGAGUAUCAACGCCCGAGCCUCGUGACGUCAGUCUAAAGGUUUAAGUUACUGGAAAAUGGAGGAGAUUUCAGAAGCAAGGGAUCCUGGCGAUGGUGAUUGUUUGAGGUGGUGGACGGAAGAAAAUAAUGCUAUCCUCAGCCAGUGGCAGGAUUCAGGUUCUUCCAAGAACUCAUAUUUAGUGAGACAGAACCUACAGAAUUGCUACACUGAUUUGGACAAAUUGCUACAGAAAAUACAAGGUCUACCUGCCACAGUCUUCAGCCUCCCGCUGGAGUUAACUGUUCUGUAUAAUAUGAUGAUUUUCCAGCUCAACCUGACCAGUGGUUUUAGUGAAGAACACAUUGAACAGAUAGACAGAGCGCUAACCAGAGUGCUUGAAACUCAGCGUCUGGACAGAGAUAAAGCGAUGAGCAACUCUGCACUUUGGCAGAGGAUACUCUGUGCUGAGAUUUCUCCGGACCUGUCCGCAUCGCUGCACAGACUGGCCGCACUUCAGGGCGCUCUUUGGCUGUCAAGGAACCAGCUGCAUGAUGUCCACAAUCUGUUUCGGUUUUUAACUUCCUGUCCUGACGUUUCUUCUGGUGCUUUAAACGAGCAGCUGACGGUGCUGAUCAGGUCUUGGAGAGCGCCUGAUGAGAGCACUGAUCGUCACACCGCACAGACGGCUCAGCACCUUAAGGAUGUUCUGUGCACGUCUGCUGCUUUCUUACAAGGUAUUAUUGCAAUGGAUACAGGAGAUCUUUUGAAUGCUGUUGAUUUCCUUCAUGAAGCGGCAAGAAGCCAGUGCUCCAAUAGGAUUUUGGCUGAGAUAUACACUUGCCUGGGAUGCUGUUUUCACAAGAUGACAAGGUAUCAGACUGCUCUUCAGUACUGGAAGCAAGCUCUGCAGGCAGAUUUCAGAUGCUUGUCAGGUCUGUACCUCAGCUCUCAGGUGUACAAGCACAUGGGCAAGACGGAUGCUGAGCUGGACGCUCUGUGUUUGCUUCAUAAGGCUUUGAAAGGACAUAAGGAGGAACCAUCCUUUGCUGAAACUCAUUUCCUUGUAAGAACUGAACUUAUAUGUAAUAUCUCUAGUCUGACCAGCUGUGUUCGGGCUCCAACUUGCUGGGAAGUGAAGUACUUAAUCGCAAACCGCUGCCUCCAAAUCCGACGGACGGAAGAUGCUGUUGAACAUUACUUGGAUCUUCUUGCAGCUUUCCAGGAUGGAACUCACAAGGAUGGUUUGUUUCCUAGUCCUGCUCCCCUCCCUAGGAUUCCUCAGGUGUUUUUAGAGACAGCAGCAGCUCUCAUAGAGGAGAAGAGGUACCAAGAUGCCAUGACAGUGAUUGAGGAAGUCAUCAGUAGAACCAGAGAUGUCAUCCCAGAAAGACUCACUUUAGAGAGAAGAGGGCAAGACCAGAUGUCAUGUAAGGUGGAACAGCUGAACUACAUCUUGUGGGCUGCAUCUGCUCACUUGUUGCAGGGACGUAUCCAGGAGCUACUGAGAGACAGCAAGGAGGCCGUAUCAGAGUUCACAAGAUGUAUCAAUCUAUUGCUGAAGAUCCAAGUCAUAAACUCUGAAAAUGAAGAUACGAUGGACAAAUCCUCUAUUGAGCACUGUGAUAAAGAUUUAGUCACCUUAGAUGUCAUGAAAGCCUCAGCCUUCCUGAGGAGAGGUCACCAAUUCCUACAACUAGGGAAACAAAAGGAGGCUCUGCUGAAUGUGCAGCUCGGCCUGCAAGCGAUGCCAGGUGAGAUACCAUUUCCAGGAGCAGCUGUCUCUCUGCUCAGCAUCUUAUGGACAAUGGACAGGAAAAGUGAAGCUGUGUCUUACUGGAAGAAAUUUCAGAACAACCAGACUUCCUCAUCUGAAGAGUGGGAGGCGGUAAAACGAGCGCUUCCCCUAUACUUGGUUUUACAUGUUAACUAUGGUUUCCCAGCGGAGAGUCUCUUGAUGAAUGAAUUACAAGGAUAUUUAGAGAACAAUACAGAAGAAAUGCAGAUUGAUAAUGACUCCUAGCAGCAGCAGACUGUCUGUCUUUAUUCGGACAAAUAUUGAUCUAAAUGUGUCUGCCAAUCCAAUUAAACACGGAAGAUAGGGCCAGCUGAGAAACUGAGAGGCGCCCGGUAAAGAUUGAAUACGAUGAGGUUGGAAAAAAAAUGCAUUAGUAAUCUGGAAGAAACAAGAGUGCAGUGGAACAGGAUGAGUGACAGAACUCUCAAACUUUAGAAAAGAAGAUUCCUGUAAGAAAAACUGACCGCUAUUUAUUGUUCUAUGGAUUAAUGUUAAAAUGUGUUUCUUAUGGGAAACGGAUCACUUACAUCCCAAGUUUAAAUAUGUUACUACGUAUAAGAUUUACUGUAUAUAUUGCCAGUAUCCAAAUGAAUAAAAAUAUAACUAGCGUUUUAUUAAGGA